AUGGAAAAACUUAGAUGGACCGAUCAAAAUCAAAUCCAUAAAAAUUCUCCAAUUAGGUGCCACGAGAGGAGAUGGGAACGACGGAGCUCCAUCGGUUAUUCUCCACGCUCGAUGUCCGGCGGCGACAACACCAGCCGGGAGGAUCUCACCGAUUUGCUAGAGAAUCUCGGGAUUUGCGUGCUAGAGGAGAAGCUACGGCUGAUGGUUGGAAAGGUUGAUGCCGACGGGGAUGCCCAGUUGGACGCUGAGGAGUUCGGUGCCCUGUAUGUGGUAGUGGUGAUGGCGGAAGCGACGAGGGGUUGGUGA